AUGACGUUGGGCAAAGAUGGUCAGCAGCGAGGAGCAACGUUGCCCAAACAUUCGUCCUUGUCGAGUAAAACCUUCUCGAAGCUGUUCGGAACCCUCUUCGUGAAACUCAACGCAGAGCACAGAUUCGCUACCGUAUCCGGAAAUGUAGCGAAUGAAAUUUCGGCAAAUCUUUGCAAGUCGGCCAGUUUAGAAAACAUCACAAAUGUGCAAGGCUACGGCAUUUUGGUGAUCAAAAUAUAUCGAUGGAGAAAUCAGCCCAGUUGGGAUAAACGAUUUUUCGUUUUGAAGGACAGCUUUCUGCUCUACUACGCAGUAUCUGAGAAGAAACUUUUCGAACGCAGUCAUCAGAUCAGCAGUCAUCCAAAGGGGGUUAUUCCUAUUUCCGGCUGCUACGUCACGGCAUGUCGCCAAUGUGACUUCGAAUUUUGUAUCGCCAUUUCUCAUGAAGAUUUCCAAGUAAGUGUAUUGAUUAUCAUGGGUUCAGAACGAGUUCAGUAUGAAAACAUUUUAGAAACGAAUUUCUGA